AUGGCUGCUAAGAUGGUGAUCAGCCUGGGGGGCUCGCGGCGGCGGAAGCGCGGCGAGGUGCUGUUCCGGUUCGACUCCUUCUGCCAGCCCGGCUACCCGGCGCAGCUCGCCGGCGCGUUCCGGGACAACGUCAGGACCCUCCUCGGGCUCGCGCACCUGGAGGCCGGCGUCCAGGGCGAGACCAGGUGCUGGUCGUUCCAGCUCGAGCUGCACCGCCACCCCCCGACCGUCGUCAGGCUCUUCGUCGUCGAGGAGGAGGUCGCCGCCUCGCCGCACCGCCAGUGCCACCUCUGCCGUGUCAUCGGUUGGGGCCGGCACCUGAUAUGCAGCAAGAGGUUUCACUUCGUGCUGCCCAAGAGGGAAUCCUCCGUGGAGACCGACGGGCUGUGCUACGGGAUCAGCCACGGUGGCGGCGCCGCCGAGAAGGCGUCAAAAGGGACGGCGACCUCCAGGGGCCACCUGCUGCACGGUAUCGUGCACCUCAACGGCUACGGCCACCUCGUCGCCCUCCACGGCUUCGAUGGCGGCUCCGACUUCGUCUCCGGCCACCAGAUCAUGGACCUCUGGGACCGCAUAUGCUCAGCCUUACACGUAAGGACGGUGAGCCUUGUGGACACGGCGAGGAAAGGGCACAUGGUACUGAGGUUGCUGCACGGCGUCGCGUACGGCGACACAUGGUUCGGGCGGUGGGGCUACAUGUACGGCCGCCCGAGCUACGGCGUCGCGCUGCAGUCGUACCAGCAGUCCCUCCACGCGCUCCAGUCCAUACCGCUCUGCGUGCUCGUGCCGCACCUCUCCUGCUUCAGCCAGGAGCUCCCCAUGGUGGUCACCAAGUACCAGGCCAUCAGCGGGCACAAGCUGCUCAACCUCGGCGACCUCCUCCGCUUCAUGCUCGAGCUCCGGACCCGCCUGCCGGCCACCUCCGUCACGGCGAUGGACUACCGCGGCAUCAUGUCCGACGCGUCGUGCCGGUGGUCGCGGUGGGUCACGCGGCAAGAGGUGCGCGACGCGGCGCGCACCUACAUCGGCGACACGGGCCUCCUCGACUUCGUGCUCAAGUCCCUCGGCAACCACAUCAUUGGCAACUACGUGGUGCGGCGCGCCAUGAACCCGGUGACCAAGGUGCUUGAGUACUGCCUGGAGGACGUGUCCAGCGUGCUCCCGGCGGCGGUCGGAGGCGGCGCCGGCGUGCCGCCAGGCCACGGCAAGAUGAGGGUGCGGUUCCAUCUCACCAGGGCACAGCUCAUGAGAGACCUUGUGCACCUGUACAGGCACGUGCUCAAGGAGCCGAGCCAGGCGCUCACCACCGGCGCGUUCGGCGCGAUCCCAGUGGCGGUAAGAAUGAUCUUGGACAUCAAACACUUCGUCAAGGACUACCACGAAGGCAUGAACGCCACCAACAGUGGCGUAGUCGGGCAUGUCUACAUCAGCCUUUGCUGCACCUUGAUCGUGAGGAACGGGAGCCCGGAGCUGGUUCCGCCGUACGAGACGGUGACCGUGCCGGCGCAUGCCACCGUGGGCGAACUCAAGUGGGAGGUGCAGAGGCUGUUCAGGGAUAUGUACCUCAGCCUGAGGACCUUCACGGCCGAGUGCGUCGUGGGGAUCGGCGCCGGCCUGGAGGCCAGCCCGGCGCUCGGACUGAUCGGCGUGGGGAGCACCGUCGUGGUCGAAGGGGUGGUCGGCGAGCAGCAGGAACCGGCCGAGGAGGGCGACCAGAUGAAGAAAGCGGCUGCCGUGUGCGAGGGGAGCGGCGACGUCGGAGACAGGGUCGUAGACUGCGUAUGUGGCGCGGACGACGACGACGGCGAGCGCAUGGCGUGCUGCGACAUCUGCGAGGCAUGGCAGCACACGCGGUGCGCCGGGGUCGCGGACACGGAGGACGUCCCGCACGUCUUCCUCUGCAGCCGGUGCGACAACGACGUGGCUUCGUUCCCGGCCUUGAACUGCUAG